AUGACCGCGCCGCCUCCGGGGCCGCAGGGCAGGUGCGCCCGCGAGCCCAACGGUCGGGGUGAGCCCCAGGCGCAGCCGGUGUCCGCAGGGCUUCUGCCCGAGUUCGAUGCGCGCCUGCGCAGGCGCUACUGGCCCGCUUCCAGAGGUAGCGGUUGUGCUACGAAGGCAGACCCUGCCAAGCUGGCCGACAAGAUGCUGCGUACCCCCAAGUGCUCGCGGUGCCGGAACCAUGGUUUCCUGGUGCCGGUCAAGGGCCACGCGGGCAAGUGCCGCUGGAAGCAGUGCACCUGCGAGAAGUGCUACCUGAUCACCGAGCGCCAGAAGAUUAUGGCAGCGCAGAAGGUGCUCAAGAAGCAGGCCUCCGAGGAGGAGCAGGAGAUGGCCCUUGGCGCGCACGGGCCGGAGCUGUCGUGUGGGGCUGCGGCCGCCGCCCCAGGCUCAAGCCUCCGCCAGCUGCUUCCGCUGGCAGUUUCGGGAGACCGGGAGGUAGGCCCGGCGUGCCGCGCGGCCGCGGGCUUCCCGGAGAGGCCCCCGCGGGGCCCGAGCCCGGGCCCGAGUGCCUUCCAGCCAGUUCUGGGCGGCCACGGCCACGUGGGGCUGAGCGAACGAGCCACCGUGGCCAUGCCCGGUUCCGUGGGGCCCCAGCUCGGGGCGGAGGCCGCAGGCAAGGGCUACCCCGGCCGCUUGGAGCUGCGCAGGCCGCUGCGGCCCGUGCCCAGCCCACCAUUCGCCGACUUCGGGCUCCCUCUGAGCAUUAGCUCAGAUUCUGUGGUGGGGUCCGAGUACCUGGAGAGAGAGCCUUCCAAGCUGUACCCCAGCUGCUCCAACAUGCGUUCCUACUGCCCAUUCCCACUGGGCUACCAGGAUGGAUCCCCCACUCCGGGGAUCCCCCUGCAGCGGGGCUUCCGGCAUGUGUCCUGCAGCCACUUCCAUGGAGGAGCCUUGGUGCCCGAGCCGGUGGGAGACUUCCAGCCCAGCUACUACCCGCCGCCGCCGCCACCGCCGACCCCACAGCCUCAGUUCCUCCCGCCGGGCUUCCUGUCUGCGCUCCACUUCCUGCCACCGCUGCCGCCGCCCCCACCGCCGGCCUCCUUCUCUCUCACUGUCCCGUCUGAUACAGACAGGGAAACCGCUGACGACCAGGACCAGGACACCGAGGGGCCCGAGGUGCCGCCCCGUGAGCCCAGCCAGCCGCCCUUUCAGGAGCCGUCCAACUAG